GCGGUAGAACCAUUUUCAAAAUGGUGGUGAUUUAUCAUCGUGGGCACGUACGCAACGCACGUGCUGUAGGGCUUAAAGCAGGGUUUAAGGCGGUCGUGUCGCCCCCCUCCGGCAUACAACACCCUUCCGCUCAUACACCGGCAAUAAGAAAGAAAUGCACAUCACCAAACUUCUCUCCAUCUAACCAUGAAAACCCUAACUUCAAAAAUCCUCUUUUCCUAUUCUUCUUUCUCUUCUUCUCCUUCUCCGGCCUUCUUCCGCUCUUUUUCUUUCAUUCUCUUCCAUUCCAGCUCUACCGAAGAAUUACAGAAGAAGAGAGGAGGACUCUCUUCUUCUUCUUCUUCAUCUAUUUCCUGGCGCCAUCACGAUGAUGACAGCCGUAAUGUGAAAGUCUCGGUGUGGUGGGACUUUGAGAACUGCUCUGUCCCCACCGGCGUCAACGUCUUCAAGGUGAGCAACCGUAUUACUUCUGCCCUCAGAGCCAAUGGAAUCAAGGGUCCGGUCACGAUCACCGCGUUCGGGGACGUUUCCCAGCUCUCUCGCUCGAAUCAGGAGGCGCUUUCUUCAACGGGCAUCUGCCUUACCCACGUACCUAACAGUGGAAAGAACAGUGCUGAUAGGUCUCUUCUAGUUGAUCUUGUCUAUUGGGUGUCUCAAAACCCUCCACCAGCACACCUUUUUCUCAUAUCAGGAGACAGGGAUUUUGCUAACAUUCUACAUCGUUUACGGAUGAAUAACUACAAUAUAUUGCUUGCAAGCACAGCAUGUACUUCAGGUGUUCUUUGCAGUGCUUCAAGUAUAAUGUGGCAUUGGAAUGGACUGGUUCGAGGAGAUGGUCUUAUUGGCAAGCAUUUUAACCACCCUCCUGAUGGGGUAUAUGGUUCUUGGUAUGGUCAUUACGAGGGGCCGCUUGAUGAUCCCUACUCAGAUAUGGAGCAAUCUGCUUGUUUGCAGGCUGAGGAUUCUUCAGAACCUGGCACAGACCCCAAGCCUCGCCCAAUUCCCAAGGUAUUAGUGAAUAGGAUUCGUCAAGUAUUGAGCUUACACCCUGAAGGAGUCAGCCUUACAGAGCUUCGUACAGAGCUGGGGCGAAGUAAUGUAACUAUGGAUAAAGAUUUCUUUGGAUACAAGAAGUUCUCACGCCUUCUUUUAUCUAUGCCAAAUGUUUUGAAACUCCAACGUAACCCUUCAGGUGAAAGGCAGCCAUUAGUAUUUGGUGUCAACCCAAAAGCUGCUGAACCAUAUGCAUCCAAUUUGAAGUCAUCCACACGAUCGGAAGUCGCUAAUGCACAGACAGAGGGUAACUCAGCUGGUGAAGGGCUGCUACUAUCAGAUAGUACCCGUCAGAAUGCUGCCGAACCAGUUGAGCUCAGUUUCAAGUCAUCCACUAAUGGACAAAAGAACCACACUAUGACUGCAGAAUCUAAUGGGAAAUUAUCACCAUCACCUCCUCAGCCGAUAAGGUUAGUGCCUUCUAUUUGCCAUGAAGAGGUUGAUAAAAACAACACCAUUGGUUAUUCGACGCCUAUGCAGCAACAUGGUUCCAUAGUUGAAGAGGGAUUUUUCCUAAGAAUUUGGAGAACUUGGUUUGGUGAUAGAAUUGGUGGUUCAAAUGAGAAAAGUCAUUGCAUCCCCUGUGAAGAUGCCUAUGCAAAGGUCACCAGCUUAACUGAUUAUGAGAAGAGAGGAUCCAGAGAAAAACCUAGCCAAUCAAGCUUUCAUCAACCUGAUCUGUCAGGUUCUACUUCAAGCUCUUCUGAUGUUAGGAAAUCAGCUCCUGAGGAGAAUACCGCUGCACAGUCAGAAAAGAAUGAUGAAAAAUCUAGACCACAAUCCGGCUUCUUUAAUCAAUUUGUUAAGUGGUGUAAAUUUUGGAAAAAUGGAGAAGAAAGUCCUGAUCAUGGUUCUGUAUCUGCUGAUCAAGCCAUGAUAAAUCAGUCUACAGAUGAAAGUGGAAGAGGAGGUGAAGAAGUGAAUAAAAAAACUCAGUUGGAAAAUCAUGUUUUAUUUUCCAAGGCUUACUUUUGGGAUGAUGUGGAAUCAUUUUUGCUCACCCCUAAAGGUUCAACCCUCGUCUCCCAAUCAAGGAACAGGGAACAGAUGGCGCAAGUGCUGCAAAAGGAAGGGCCUUUGAUUCUCAAUGCUCUUAAUGCAAGGCAUUUGCUUUGGUUAGUAGAUUUGCUGAUUUCCGAGAAGAAGUGGGUCCAGGAAUUUGGUGCCUCACAGGCAUCUCCUUUUAAACUCACACUUCCUGCUAAGAGAAGGUGCUACUCUCCAUCUCAUGUUCGUGGUUCAAAUGGAUUAAGUUCUAUUUUUUCAGGGACGACAUCUCAACCCUCCUUGAGGCAGCCACCAGAUCAUGAGAAGGGGAAACGAGAUCAUAACCUUGUGUUGGGUGGACUCUCUGCCAAUGGGAAUCUUGAUAAUAAGCAACCCCAGAGUGUUGCAGAGCUGAAAGGUUGGUUUUGCAAAUUUCGCAAUGGCAAGGGAAAUAUCAAAGCUGAGGUUUUGAAGAGUCUUUUCAAGAGAGAAUUCAACAGAGAACUUGAUCAUGGUUUUUAUGGUUGUUCUAGCGUGGAAAGCCUGCUUGCAACAUGUUUGGCUGAUGAUGAUAAUUCCAGCAAAAGCAGCAAGAAACCUUCUAGCAAAUCCAGGCUUGAGAUAUUAGCUGAUUGCAAGAAGCUUCUGGCAGAAAUUUUAGAGGAAAACUCGGAAGGAUUCAAUAUGGGAUGUUUCAAACCGCUCUUCUUAGAGAAGUACGGCUAUGUUCUUGAUCAUCAAAUGCUUGGUUACCAGAAGUUAACGUCGUUGUUACAGAUAAUGCCAGGGGUGAAAGUGGAGUCGGCUUUUAUUGUACCAUCUGUGAAAGCCCAUAAAGAUUUCAACCACGAAAAACAGGCGGGGGAAGGAAUGCCUGCUUUUGUAGAAGAAAAUAGCACACCGAAGGUAAGUAACUCUGAUUACGAAGUAGCUGAUUCAGAAGUGAGUGACAAUGAUCUCAGCCCAACUAGUACAGAUCAAGAUUCUGUAUGGGAGGAGCUUGGGCCUGUUUCGGAUACAGGAGAACCGAAGCUUGAUGACAUUGCCGAUGUUUCGGAGAUGGGCUCUCCCAGGAACAGCAUUGAAUCAGGGAUUGACAGGAAAAUUGAUCGGGGGAAGGAUGAGAUGGAUUUCAAUGAGUCCUCUUUUUUAGAUGAAGAUUUCUCAGAUUCAGAGGAUGAAAGUCCACGUGUGGAUGGAUCGAAAGAGCAGGGGAAGAAGAAGCACAGAAGUGAUGAAGACAGCUCCCUGCUACAGAUUCUGGAUUCAUGGUACAGUAGCAAGGAUGGUAGUGGUAAGGAUCAGUUGCAGAAUGUUGAUGGACUUGUUGAUUGUUCGAGAGGGAGCAACAGCCCAAAGGCUUCAGAGUUGCCCGCCUCUGUUGGCUCUGAGAAAAGCCUUGGAGGAACAAAUUGUGGGCGGAAGCUGAAGCCUCGCAAGAACUAUUCUUUCAUUUCGGAUUCAGUCAGUGAUGAGAAGGAAAAGCUGAUCGAUAGUAUAUUGGGUAGCCUGAGGAAGUCAGCUGAUCCGAGAUUACAGAGUUGAAUGCCUUGGGAAUCCAAGUGCUGCUCUAUUCCUCUAUUCCUGAAGGUGCUGUUGAUGAGAUGCAGCUUUUGUUGUUCUUUUGAUUUUUGAGUUUUGAUUGGUGGCAGAUGAUCAGAAGAACCGGGAGAGUAGAGGUGUGGGAUGCAGCUUUUGUUCUGUCUGAUCUUUUGAGUUCUGGUUCGCGGCAGAUGAUUAGAAGAACCAAUAGAGGUGUGGGGAAAGAAAUAAUUUCAUUCAUGGCAGAAAUAUCUAUGAUGUGUUUGGUUAGUCAUUGUAGCACAUGAUUUGUAGUAGUAAUUUUAUUUAUUUUUUCUGGAUUGGAUGGCGUUAAGAAGUGUGGUGAGAAGAUUGGAAAAUAUUGAGAGGAACAUUCAAGGAUCCAGAUCCAGGGACAAUGGUUGUGGCAGAAGACUCAUUUGAGGGCUGGUCUAGAAGUCUGCAGGUAACUUGAGUUAAAAUCAUAUAAUGGUCAACAGUUUACAUUAUGCCAUUGCCUUCUUUAUCAGUUCUAGAACUCAGUGUCUCGACUUAAAACUCAGUUGAGUCGGCUCGAAUUGAUGAGAUUUUGAUGAAACUAAUGCUAGAAGCGACUUGGUUAUGACUCACAAGGCUCGUCCAGCUCGCACAAUGAGUGCGUUUAUUUGAUUUGAUUUGUGAAGACCGGGACGAGUCCAUUUUAAAGCUUCCUUUUCAACUUGGUAAUGGAACUCUUCAACUUUCAUGGA